AUGGGGCGGGGAAUGGUCAUACCAAUGACAAGGGUGGAGGGCUUGGAGGAGGUGAAGCUUGCUCUGAAGCUGGCUUGCAUCGAUCCUUCACUUGGCGGCGUAGGAAUCUCCGGUGGCCAUGGGACUGGAAAAACGACGUUGGCCCGCUCACUACGGGGAGUUCUCCCCAAAAUUGAGGUUGUCACCAACUCGAUUUGCAACUGCGAUCCCAGCAAGCCAUCAGAGUGGGACAGAUUGACUCGCGAACGGCUAGAGCGCGACGAUAAGGGUGAUGUGGCGACCAAAGUGAUCGAUUGCCCAUUUAUAGAACUGCCUCUAGGUUGCACCGAAGAUCGUCUGGUUGGCUCAUUGGACGUCCAGGCAUCAAUGGAAGCCGGGCGGCCGAUUUUUGAGCCAGGUUUGCUUGCGAAGGCCCAUCGGGGUGUGCUGUACAUCGACGACGUCAACCUUCUUCAGGAUGACCUUGUGAGCUUGCUUCUGACGGCGGUCGAAAGCGGAGUAAAUCGAGUUGAGCGAGAGGGCCUUUCGGUGGCUCAUCCUUGUCGCCCACUCGUUGUGGCCACGUGGAACCCGGAGGAAGGUCCUCUGCGGCCGCAUCUCUUGGAUCGCCUGGCGGUCUCGUUGAACACGGACAUCGACACGGUUUACACCGACCUCGAUGAGCGCGUCAGUGCUGCAAAUGCAGCUCUCGACUUUGCCGAGAGGCCAGCACAGUCACUGGAAGAGAGCAGUGCAGACAUCUCUGCCAUGCAGACGCAGCUCCUGUUUGCGCGUGAAUUCCUCAAUGAUGUUACAAUCAGUCCGGAUCAGCUCCAGCGCUUGGCAGACGAGGCUAGUCGAGGUGGAUGUGAAGGACACCGCGGGGAAGUCUUUGCCGUCAAAAUUGCCCGAGCGCAUGCUGCUCUGCAGGGUCGCGAUGCAUGCAAUGCCGAAGAUCUAAAGGAGGCAAUCAAGCUUGCGAUUCUGCCACGUAUCAGAGUGCAAGAAGCCAACAUGCAGGAAGAGAUUGAGGAGGAGGAGCCCCCUCCGCCACCGCCCCCACCUCCGCAGCCAGAUAUGGAAGAUCCAGAGGAGAUGGAGCCUCCUCCACCGCAGGAACAGGAAGAAGAGGACAGAGAGGAAGAGGACGAACCAGAGCAAGACGAGCAAGACGAGGAAGAUCAAGAUCCAGACGUCCCGGAGGAGUUCAUGAUUGAUCCAGAAGGUGCCGUGGUCGACCCUGACCUGCUCAAGUUUCAGAGCCAGCAGAAGAAGAGCGGUCGCAGUGGUAAGGGCAACAAGAUCUACUCAAUGGACCGCGGCCGCUACGUCAAGGCGAUGCUACCUAAGGGUGGUGACACCAAGAGUGGCAAGAUUGCCUUGGACGCAACUCUCCGAAACGCUGUGGUCUACCAGAAGAUAAGAAGAGAAGAAGCAGCAAAGAGGCUUAAGCCUGAGGACCAGCGAAAUGUGUAUGUGGAGCGAAGCGACAUUUGGGUGAAAAAGAUGGCCCGCAAGGCUGGUGCUCUUGUCAUUUUCGUUGUCGAUGCAAGUGGUUCCAUGGCAUUGAACCGAAUGCAGAACGCUAAAGGGGCCGUGCUCCGACUGCUUGAGAACGCCUAUCAAAACCGAGAUCAGGUGGCCCUCAUUCCGUGCCGUGGCAUCUCGGCAGAGGUGCUCGUCCAGCCAACAUCGUCUGUCGCGCGUGCCAGCGGAAGCAUGAAGGUUCUGCCAUGCGGUGGUGGCACUCCCCUUGCGCACGCACUUUCACAGGCCAUCAUCUUGGGAAGCAAUGCGAUGAAGAGUUCCGAUGUUGGACAGGUUUGCUGUGUGGCCAUCACUGAUGGUCGUGCAAACGUUCCACUUGCAGUGAGCGAGGGGGACCAGAAUGCCCUGGAUGAAAACGGGAAGAUGAAGAAAGUGCCGAAGGAAGACUUGCAGGAGGAAGCUUAUGUGCUGGCAGACAAGAUGAGAGCACUGGGUUUCAAGUUUCUCCUCAUCGAUACUGAGAACAAAUAUGUUUCGUCCGGUGUUGCCAAGACCCUUGUUGACCGUGCAAAUGGAAGGUAUUACUAUCUACCGCGAGCCGAUGACAAAGCUAUUGCCGGCAUUGCCAGUGAUGCCAUAAACGAGAUGAAAGCCAGAUAG